AUGCCUUGGAUACGCUCGAUUCUACUCUUUGGACUUCCAUUGGUGUCCUCGGCUCCGGCCCUGAACGCCGCGGACGAUGAAAGCACGGCGGUUGGCACUUUGAAAGAGGUGGUAGGGUCGCUUCCUGAAGAAUCAUGGCGAGCGGUAUUGCAAGAGGAUAUGCGAGAUGUGGUCGAGGACGCACGUCAUGCGAUUGAUGCUGCGUUGCGAAGCGAUGACGCGGUAGUAGUUGUCGCUGAGCAGGAGGACUCUUACAUCAAAGAGCAGCUUCGGAAACGUCAGGACACCAACACCACAAUUACCAGCGUUGUGGCAACGACGACAAUUCCGGCAAGCGAGACACCGGUCAGCAGUAGCAGUGUGGUGGUAUCGACCACGCCCAGCACAUCAUCAUCCACUUCAGAGACGGAAGCCACGCAAGCCAGUAGUAGUUCUUCCGUACCUCCGCCCAAUACACCCAGUGCGGAGCCCACGAGCACUACCGGAGGUCAGACAUCAACRACGACGACCGUCGUCGUGCCCUCGGUUUCGACCGUGCUUCCUUCUACGUCUUCUUCGCGAGAGCAGGACUCAUCAUCUGUUGUAAUAGACCCGACCACUGAACCCAGCACAACCAACCCUCCACCCACCACUAACCCACCACCAACCACUGCGUCCACCACAACAACACCAUCACCAACAACAAACGAGCAAAGCAACUCCAACACCCCAACAACACGACCUUCAACCACACAACCUCCAACAUCCCAAACCCCAACAACAACAACAACAACAACAAGAACCCCACCACGAACCUCCACCACAAACGUAGUAGUAGACCCAAGCGGAAGCAUCAUAACCUCCAUCCCACCCCUCGCAACAGCAACAGACAGCUCAGGCAACACCAUAAUCCUAACCUCCCCAACCCCAGGAGGAGCAUUCACAACCUCGGACCAAAACGGCAACAUCGCCACAGUAACUUACACCCCCGGAGGAGGCAUCGUCAGCCAAGUCCGUUACAGCACAACAACCCUCCCAAACGGUUCGAAAUCCACUAUAACUUCUUUCGCUACGGUCGGUACUCCAGCGGACCCAACCUCAGACGAGUCUUCGAAUCCUGAGGCUUCUGAUGGCGCGACUUUGCAGAAUGGAGCUGCGAUGCCAUUAUCAUCCUGGUAUUCUGUGGAGUUUGCGUUGGCUGUUGGUGUCGCUUUUGGUAUCGCUGGUCUUGUUCUGUAA